GUUUCUAGACUUCCAGUGAGGAUGGGAAAGGGUACUGUAUUGCUCCCAAAGGACUGCUUGCUCAAUCUUUGUGGUCUCCGUCCUCUCUCAUUAUUUCUUGCAGAGAUGUCCUCUGGCAAAGUGGCCCUUUAUGUCCUAGCUCUUCGGUCCGCCUGUCAGAAUCCUACUGAUGUCAGCACACCAGAAAAGCAUGUCAACCUGGUCCAGGUCCUUGAGAAGAAAACAAAGGAAGAGAUUAAGCAUUUCGAUACUACUAGGACCCCCAAGACAGACUACUACCAAUUGGCUCUAGAUACUUUGGCUCUGUGUGUGGAGAAAAGUUCAGAACUUAAAACAGCUGCCUCAGCCCUUGCCGACGCAGCCCUGGAUAAUCGUUUCCAAUUCCAGGGUCGUUUCUCUGUAGAUAUUGGUGCCGUGGCAAGUCUGGCCCUGUUCUGCGUGGAUAAGGGUAUCUCAUCUCAGCAAAGCGAACUAACAGGAACUAUAAAAAAAGCCUUGGCCCUGAUCACAAAGCAAAUCCUUGAUGAACAGCAGAAGAAUGGUACCCUUGGAAACAUCUAUAGCACUGGCCUCGCAAUGCAGGUACAUCUGAAGGGAAGAGAAUCCAGGAAUCUGGUCUUCAUCUUUUGGAGUCUUGCUGAGCAUCUCUCUCUUGCUGAUUUCCAGGCUCUCAAUGUCACUUCGGAGUUCUACGGUCCUACUGCAUGGAACUGUGAAAAGACCCUCGAAGUAGUCCUGGAUCAGGUCACCAAGGGAGCCUUUAGCCCUCCAGCAGAUGCUUCUCAGAUCCUGCCUUCUCUUGUGGGAAAAACAUACUUGGAUGUGAGGAGUCUCACUUGUACCUCUGAAAAUGUAACAGUGCAUUAUAACGUAAUCAAUGUGAUAAAAGAACCUCAUUUCAACUUUUCCAUAACUGUGAAAGUGCCAAAGGGUUCUGUGCUGCUCGCUGUCUUGGAAGCAGCUCAACAAGCUAAUCCAAGUGAAUUCAGGUUUCAAACAGGGCUGACACAUUGCAGCCCCAUGGUCACCUCUAUCAAUGCCCUCCAAGCCAGCACCAAUGAAAAGACCUACUGGCAGUUCCUCAGUGGCAAAGCACCCCUUGAACAAGGUAUAUAUAUUAUCUUGGGAAGAAGGAUAACUGCAACAUUUUUCUCCUAUAUUAAUUAUGAUUAACCUGUUAAGGAAUAUGCAGCUGUACAAUAAUAAUAAUGAACAAGACCAAAAAGACUAGGUGGAUGCCUGUUCAGAUGGUAAAAUCUUCAAGUCGAGGUCAACUCUUCAUGACUUCAUGGAUAUAUCCAUGUAGUUUUCUCAGCUGCAACACAGAAGUGAUAUGUCAUUGCCUUCUUCCAGAAUAUAUUUUCAACUUCCCAGUCUGGCCUUUAGCCCUGGCACCUCCUAGAAGUAUCCUAUCCAGAGACGAGUCAGACUUGACACUGCUUAGCUUUUGAGGCCAGACAAGAUUUGCCAAGUGCUGCAGCCAGUUGAGAGCCUGUUCAAAUGCACAAUUCCCAAAAGGCAAGGGGCACAGAGGAAACAUAAUACUGUAUACAGAUUUUACUUACUGACAGUAGUGACUGAUAUGCAAGUCAAGAAGAUCAAGGUUAUUGUCUUGUUAAUCAAUUCAG